AUGAUAAAUAAUACUAAGGAAAUUGCUCUUGGCGAACUUGCAUUGACCGAAUCUGAUUGCUCGAGUGCAAAACGUAACGGCGAUUUAGGAUUUUUUGGUAGAGGGCAAAUGCAACCUUCAUUUGAAGAUGCGGCAUUCAAACUUGAAGUUGGAGAAUUGAGUGGACCUGUUUGGAGUGAUAGUGGAGUUCAUCUAAUUCAAAGAACUGAAUAA